AAUGCGCCGUUGACAGCGUCGCGGAUGGGGUAACACCGACGAUGGCCACCCUCCGGCGUUACAGAUCUGUUGCUCGGCGACGAGCGGCGAUGAACUAACCAGCUCGCGAGCAACUUAGUGACAGUGUGUCCGCAGACGCGCGCACAGCUGUUUGGGCCACCGGCUGCUGUCAAGACUUUGCGUUGGAUGAAGCCCUGAUGCUCCGAGUUGGACCGGUGCCUUUCACUCCAAUCGGCACUACUAGACUAUCGCUUCCUGUUGCUGAAUAGUUUUAUUUUUUUUAAAAAGUUUAUAAAACAAGAUAAUGGAUUUGUUCGGCUUGCUGCAGUUGGACGAGCUGUCCCACGGACUGGCAAACUUGUCCAUGUUUCCAUUCUUUGACAUGGCGCACUACAUCGUGUCCAUCCUGUCUCUGAGGGAGCAGCCAGGUGCUUUUGAGGUCUCGAGAGCCAGCCCCUUAGCCUGCUGGUUCAGCUCCAUGCUCUUCUGCUUCGGUGGAGCUAUUCUGUCUGCCAUCAUGCUGGCCGAGCCGGUUGUUGCACCUUUGUCCAACAGCACCAGUGUCCUGCUGGCUUCCAUCACCUGGUACCUGGUGUUUUACUGCCCCAUGGACCUGGUGUACAGCUGUGCUGCCCUGCUGCCUCUCAGGCUGGUGCUGUCGGGGAUGAAGGAAGUGACCAGGACGUGGAAGGUGCUCGGGGGGGUCGCCCAGGCACACGGCAAAUACAAAGACAGCCUGCUGGUUAUGAUUGCCAUUGGGUGGGCUAAAGGUGCUGGAGGCGGUCUGAUAAGUAACUUUGAGCAGCUUGUUCGAGGUGUUUGGAAACCAGAGACCAAUGAGCUCCUAAAAAUGUCUUACCCCACCAAGAUCACCCUGAUAGGAGCGGUGCUGUUUGCUCUGCAGCAGACCCACUACCUGCCUCUCAGGACGCACCACCUGAUGCUCAUCUACACCGUCUUCACCGUCGUCAACAAGUCACGGAUGAUGCUGACCGGCUCCUCCGCCUCGCCAUUCGCCGUCAUCGAGUUGGCCAUCUACAAGACCCUCUUCACUGGCCACUCUCCUUACGCUGCCCUCACCGGCGAGGUACAGAAAGCGUGUCUCGAUCACGGUGCGACCAACGGGACGACCUCCACCGCCGGAAGCAAAGAGAUUGGUGGGAAUGGAGCGGCGGGGAAAAGCACCCCGGUUUCUCCUGUCAAGAGACAGAAGGGAUCGCUCCAAGCCAAAGAGGAGUCAGAGGACGCCGACACAGCAAACUGCAAGAAGAUCAACUAGUCAGCCUUCGCCCCAAAGCGCCUUUUCACCUCCAGGGUUGUCGAGUCAUUUCUGAUUCAGAUUAGUCUUAUUUUGUAUUUCUUUUAUCAAGACGUGUGUUCUUGUUCCGUCCACACAACAUUUCUCUUCUUCAUUACUUAGAAUGCAAUUGAAAUCUGACUGCUGAAAUAUAAUUUCAAUAAGAGCUCCAACCUGACUGCACCUAAUUGUGGGAUAAUCACCCCGUCCUUAAAGUACUGUAAUAUGUGUAUGCUGUUGGAAAUGAACAUCAUAUAUCCUCGGGCUGAUUGCACACUUUAGUACAUCGUGUAGCUUCAUUUUCAUAAUUAUUUACGAGUGAAAACUGUUGAUCAUGUUAUGCUUGGGUUUUGGGAACAGUGCUGUGCACCUGCUGAUCUAUGAAUGUCUACGCAUCUUUUUUUUCUUGCUGUAUUUCAUACUCUGAAAUGGUUAGAAAGAUAUUUUUAAAGAGAUUAUAUUCUAUAACACUUUCUAUUUAUACUCAACAAUUGCACUCUUGAAUGAACAUUUCAAAAUGGAAUCCAAUUUGUAUUGUUGUUGAAUGCUUUGAAUUACACUUAAAAGCAUGAAAAUAAACGGGUUAAUUGAACUAUAAAA